UCACCGUGUUAGCCAGGAUGGUCUCGGUCUCUUGACCUCGUGAUCCGCCCACCUUGAAGUGCCCUUCUCUUCAGUCUUUUGUCUUGAUGCCCAAAAAAUCUUUUAGAGCAGUAGUUUACAUCUACUGCUGAGUGACAUCGUCUCUGGGCACAUUUGGGAUAUGUAGGAACUGCGGCUGGGGGCUGCUAUAGGUAUUUUGUGCCCAUGGCCAGAGAUAAUCAUGGCCUGCAGUGCAUGGCCUUCCCAUAUCAUGUUGCCAAGCCAUGGUCAAGCAAUGACCAGUUUACCCAACUCACUGAGAAAUGCUGCUUCAGAGAAUAAGGAGUUUUGCCAGAGGAACUGGAAUAGAAAAUACAGUUCGAAUUACUUAACAUCUAAGCUUUAGUCUCCACAUCUGGAAAAAAUGGACUCACUACUGGUUACCUCCUGGGCACAUUGUGAGGAUUAAAUAAAGGAGGGGGCUUCUGGAAAGGUGUCUGGAACCUGUAUCCUAAGUAAAUAUCACUCGUACACACAUCCCUUCUCUUAAGAAAAGCUAUACUAAUUGGCAUGUGUUUUAUAUCCUGAAUUUUCACUUAUUCAUGCCAGCCAGUUUUUCUAAUUAGUAACAAAUUAGAAGGGUUUUUACUAUGUGUAACAUUUUUCUUAAGUAAACUUGAACUUGAAUUUGUAAAAGUGUUAAUAGCAAGUAGUUCUCUCAUUCAUUUUGCUGAACCUGCAGCUGUGUGUUUAAGAUGAAAAAGAGGUGCCCUUUGUUUAUUGUUUUGUAACUACCCUGGGUUAUGUUUUCUUCUUAGUUUAAUUGCAACGUCCUAUCUAUGUCUCCUAGUCUGGUUGCGACCCAUGCUUUGCAUUUAUGGGCAGCUUACAAGUGUGCUUUCCAGCCCCAGAACAGGGUAUGAUCUUAUGGUCUGCAUUUGGAUUAGGAUUAUACUGGCAUCCAUUGUCUUUUUAAAAAAACAAAAACAAAAGCAGUGUAUUGUGAAACAAAUUAGCAGGACUAGAAACUAGGACCUCUUGGAAGGAGGUAGCAGGGACCCCAAACUAUUCCAUUCUCUAUGGACAGACUAUGUAUAGAUGGUUGCGCCUAUUGAUGUUUUCUAACGGAAGUGGGUUGCAGUAUUAUUCAGGGAGAAGAAAAAUGUGGAUUCAUUGGGGACAGUGUUGUAUUCAUCUUUGUAUUCAUCUCUGUAUUCCAGGGAUGGUGCCUGGCACUUAGGAGGCCCACAGUCAUUUGUUUCAUGAAUGACAUAUAAAUGCACGAGUCCCUAGAUCUAGAGAAGGGUUUUUUACCCCUCAUCCCCAAUUCCUUUUCUUGCUUCAUCCUCAGAGAUUUAUGAAAAAAGUAGGGAGGAUGGACAUUGUACAUGGUAAUUUCUAUUCCAGGUCUAACAGAAUAGCACCUCUCACAUGGCAGAAAAAAUGAUUUCCAAUAUUCAGCACUCACCUCUCUCCUCAAGAAAAACAUGUCAAAUGCAAGACUAUAUGCUCUUAAUGACAUCUAUAUUAAGAAAUCUGAAUUUUCCAUCAGUGAACACAUUAGCUUACCAAAUAUCUUCUGAUAAGUCAUUCAGUGCUCAGGUUCUAUGUUUUUUAUCCUGUAAGAGAGUGCAGAAACUACCCAUCGCCAAAAUAUUGUAAGGCUAAGUAAUAAUAACAGUGACUGGGAAAAUGGGAAGUGAGAUUGCGUCAAACACUUGUGACAAAUAGAAGCAGUCAUGGUAAACACUGGGCUUUGCAGCCCCAUAAAUGAUGACUUUGUACCCAACUUGAAUUCAGAACUACAUCACAGAGAGUAAAAGGAGUCACAUGGGAGAUAAAAACAUCAUUUUUAUCACAAGGGUAUAGUGGGUAAUUUUUUCUGACUUUGGGUUGGAGAGUAAGUGGGCUUGCUGAUAUCGUACCCAGCAGUGAACUUACCCGUCACAGGGAUGCCUCCCUCUACACUAGUGGCCCUUAACCUUUUUGGCACCAGGGAUAAGAUUUAUGGCAGACAGUUUUUCCAUGGGGGAUGGUUUUGGGAUGAAACUGUUCCACCUCAGAUCAUCAGGUAUUAGAUUCUCAAAAAAAAUGUGCAACCUAGAUCUCUUGCAUGUGCAAUUCACAGUAGGGUUUUCACUCCUCUGAGAAUGUAAUGCCUCCGCUGAUCUGACAGGAGGUAGAGCUCAGGCGGUAAUGCUUGCUUGCUCACUGCUCACCUGCGGCUGUGUGGCGCAGUUCCUAAAUAGGCCAUGGACUGAUACCAGUUCACCACCCAGGGGUUGGGGACCCCUGCGCUAUACCACUGACAGCUGGAGAGCAGAGAUAACUUGGGCUUCUGCAGCAGGCAGGUGGGACCCAAAGGAAGGGGGGGAACCUAUGCUUUGUGCCUUUUCACAGACUUGCUCAUCAGAGAGUUGACUUCUCCUCUCCUGAGGAGGACCCGGAGGGUGAAGAGGGAGACCAGAAGUAUAAUUCUGAUGGAUUUCCCUUCAUAGAACACAAGAAGCUCUGUCCUGCCUCUGUGUGACUCUCUUGGUGCUAGCUUACCUAUGCUUUCCUAACUAGCUUACCUAUGCUUUCCUAACUACCUUUUCUUCUUGAGAACAUCAUUUGAAUGUACCUCUUCUGGUGGCACUUUCUAAGAGCAUGGACUAUGUCUCAUGCCUCAUCCAUGAAGCUUGAAUGAAUGAAUGAAUAGAGACAAAUGAAGGAAUGGGUGGGUUUAUGACUGCUUUUGAUUUCCGCAGUAACUCCCAUACACACUUAAUGAGAACUUCCAACGGUGUUCCUCUGUAGAGCAGAUGUCGUGAAGGCAGUGAGAUGAUGGACAAGUUUCCCUCAUAGGUACUUAACUCUGGGGCAGCUUCAUGGUGUGAUUGUUAAACUAAUUACUCCCUGAUUCUCUCCCAUUCACUUAUUCCUGAGGGUCUUUUUUUCUUAUUUUUAUUAUGCUCUCUAGACCACCAGAUUUGACUUUCCUGCAUCAGCAGUUUCUGUUGAUCACUUUGUUUUAGGAAGGAGAUUGACGGCUAGAAGUUCGUCAUUGAAAAUUCCUGUCCAGUGACUGUGUGAACAAGAAUUGGGGCCUCCAACCUAGUUUGAAACUUGCUGUGGCAGCGGUUCCUGCCACCCCCAUCUCUUUUGUAGCCCUCUUAGCUAGUUCAGACAGGGCUUCAGUCUAAUCGCACUGUUGUAUUGCCUAGCCCAGCCCUUCCUAAUUCCUUUUAUCACACCCUUUCUUUCUCAUCUACCUUGCUGUUCUCUCAUGCCUGAAGAAACAAGGGCUGGUGCUGAGAAGCAGAAACUGGGAAACCUUUGCUGGUGUAGCUGUGUUUUGUAAUGCUGAGUCACAGUGGAUGAUGUGGUGACAUGUUACAAAGGUAGGGGAAACUGGGGAUCUGAAGCCCACGCUUGAACUCUGGCGAGUGAGUGUCAGAUGUUGUGUAUUUAAUUAUGAGAAAGAGGGGAUAUUGUAAAUGCUCAUCCACAGGCAUUCAAGCAGAUUGUGUGUAUCUGUUGAUAAGCAGUAGAGUAGCACCCAUGUACAAGGAACUCUAUGAGAUGUGGUGGGGAGUGUAAUAAGGAAGGGAGCUUAGCCCACUCUGCCCUCUGCCAGCCCCAGCCCUUCCCUGCAGCCUCCACUGGGGGAAGGAGACAGAGAAGCAGAUUAGACUGAAUGAUAUAAGUGCUAAAUAAAAGUACAAGCACCAUAACGUGGGAGGUCUGAGAACAAAUGGAGCAUUUGGUUCUGAGCUGGAUGGGGAUAGCCUAACGAAAGGAAUAGCAUUGAGUGAGCUUUUGAGUAGGAUUUUGAUGGGUGGGAAUCCGGGAAAAGGCACAAAACUGAGUAGUGUAUGUAUAAUGUGUGCUUCCUAAUGGAUUUCCCCCACGUCCCAGGGAUGUGGUAGUUUAGUCCUUUAUAGGAAGGAAAGUGAAUGGGGAGCCUCCUAACUCAUGUCUGGUAAAGUCCUUUUCCUAAGGGCUGUAUUAUUUGCCUGGCCAAACCUGCAACAUUCCCCACAGUCCAGUUGGAUCUUGCAUAUGGUCCUUUUGAAACCACAAGAGCAAGCGUGGAAAGCUGCUCUCUUGUAAAUCAAGUUGAUUCCUCCCCAGUUUUCUGAAGUGGAAUGUAGCAGCACCACCCGUUCUGAGCUGGCUCAUGAGAGCAAACUUGGCUAUAUUUAGUCUGAUUUUUCUAAAGUGUGGGUGCAAGAAUCUGCUUGUACAGCUUGCCUCCCGUGUGAAGAGCAGGACAGGACAGCAGCUGUCGGGUGACAGCGGUGGCCCACCUCACUGCCUUCAGCAGCCUCCUUCCCAGAGCGCUAGGGCUGGGAAGAGCCCAUUGGCAGGUUUUGUUCCUUUGCUCCUCCUUGCUUCCUGCCCUUGCUGCUGCAGAAGUUGUUUGUGUUUUAGUCGGCAAAUCCUGACUCUCAAGUGAUUUGACAGAUGCUUGUGGAUUGUCUAUGGGGUGUGGCUCUCAGAGCUACAGCUGCCCUGGAGACCUGGGGUACAGAAUGGGCUCAGGCCUGCUCAUGGUUUGUCACUGCCUCCACAGUGCACGACUCUUCCCUGGGGAUCAUAGCAGUCACAGUGUUGUCUUUAAAUGCUUUACAUGUGCAACAUCUGCAACCGGGCUAGAUGUGAACCCCAGCUCCUCCCAGGACCUGUUGGGUGCCUGGGUAAUUCACUGGACAGCUCGGAGACUCCUUUGCCUGUCUAUCAAACGAGAAUAUUAAUGGUAAUGACCUCAUGGGCAUGUUGAGAAGGUUAAAUUAGUAUAAGGGAAGCUCUUAAGACCUGGUUUGUGGUAGGUGCUCAGUAAACACUGAGUAAGGUGUUAGACAAGAUGAUGGUGAUGAUGCUGUCUGUUUCACCUUGUCUUCCUGCCAUACUUAUCAAAGCAUCUAAGCCAUUUUUAUAGCAUUUUUACAGUCCUGUGAUAUUACAGUCUGGCAUAAUAGUGCAUGCUCAAUGAGGGAAUGUGGGUUAUCAGAGUUGGAAGAACACCAACAAAGUGUCAUUGAUAAAAUACAAGGCAUUCUCAGCUUAAAAUGCAUUAUUUGAUGUAUUCAUUAUCUGACUCUGUGCAGUUAUGAGGCAACAGAGGGAAGUAAAAGUUAUGAUUAUAUUCACUAAAGACUCAUCACUUACAUAAUUUUUCUCUACCACAAAUUUACUUGCCACUUAACACCAGCAGUUUUGUAGGCUGGCCUCUCUCUGAUUGUCUGAUCAUCAUCCAUCCAUACAAUAUGUAUGCAAAGUAAGUUGAUUACAAAGAGAAAUUUCAGAUCUUGCAAAAGAGAAAAUAGUUCAUGGACUCUAUGAAAGUGACAUUGGGAAACUGCUGGAAUCAUGUGCCAUGGCCCAAUUAAGAUCUGACUGAGUUAGGCCAGAUAACCAUUAAAGAAGAGAAAAUUGAUUAAGAUAUUGACUUGAUAGGCAUUAAAGAGAAAUAUUAGGACCUUUUAGGGAUUAAGAGAAGUCUUUAGUGAAAAGAGAUGCUCUAAAUAUUUUGGGGAAAAAUGAUCUCCUUUAUAAUCGUGCUAUGAAAAGUCAAGUAUGAAAUGAAAGAUAUUUUGUCCUGCUGACGUAAGUCCUGUUGCUGAAGUUAUAUAACAAAUAAAAAAUUGAAUCUUUUUUUGUUCUAAGAAUUAACACAUAUUUUCAAUUAUAACCUAAAUUUGGGUAAAUAUCAGAUAAACUUCUCCCUUUUUCUUUUCAAGGUAAAUUACCAUUGAAACUCACUAUUAAUUUUGAAACUCUAGCCCCCAUUUCAAGUAUAUUCUUUUUCUUCCUUUCUCUUUCAUGGUUUUUUAUUGGUAUUUAAAUUGGUUUUAAACCUUGGGUUGUUUAGAUACAAUUUACAUACAGUAAAAUCAACUAUUGUAGUUCUUUAAGUUUUGGUAAAUGUAGUCUUGUAACCACUACCACCAUCAAGAUAGACAGCAAUUUGAACACCUUGUAAAGUUUCCUUAUGCCCCUUUGUGGUCAGUGGUCAGUCUUUCCUUCCACUUGCAGCCCCUGACAAGUACUGCUCUAAAGUCUGUGCCUAGACUUUUGCCUUUUCUAGAUUUCAUGUAAAUGGUGUCAUACACUGUGUUGCCAUUUGAGUCUGGUUUCUUUCACUGAGUGUAAUGCAUUGAAAUUCUUCCAUGUUGUUGCCUGAUUCAAUAGUUCAGCUCUUUUCAUCGCUCACUAAUAUUCCAUGGAAUAUCUAUACAGCAGUUUAUUCACCAAUUGAAGUACAUUUAGGUUGUUUCCAGUAAUUGGUAAUUAUGAGUAAAACACUAAAAGCAGUUGCUUACAGGUUGUGCAAACCUAAAUUUAUUUCUCUUGUGUAAAUAGCUAGGAGUGGGAUUUUCAAGUCAUACAGUGAGUAUGUUUUACCUUUAUUAGAAACCGCUGAAUGGUUUUCCAGAUUGACAGUGUGUCAUAUGUGUUCUCUUUUAUUUGGAUUUUUUUCCCCCUGUGCUUAUCUUCUGAAAAUGACAACCUCACAAGGACAAGAGAGUUAGAUUAAUGGGGCUAUGCAGGUAGUUGGGAGGGAAUAGAAGGACACAGUUUUCCAGAGGUGAGUUUCUUGAGCUACACUGCUACAAGAUUGGGCAGUAUUACUAUGGCAGAUUACCCUUGAUUACCAGUUCAAUACAGACAUCAAGCAUGGAUAUAACCCACAAAUGCCACUUGUUUUGGCAUACAAAAGAAGGCUUCUAAAUUUUAUCUUGUAAUAAGAAUUUGUCAUCAAGUUCUGUUUUGUGAUUUUGCUGUUGUUGUAGAAAAACAAUCAGAUAAGGAAGACAGGUCAAGGAGAGCUUAUUUUGGAGGAAAAUUAGGCAAGACAGGAAAGGGAAUACUAACAGGUCACACAAGAUGAAUUUAGCUAGAAAGGGAAAAACUUACCUGUCCCUGAAAGGAAUUGGUCUUGCCUGCCAAGGUUGGUUAUGGACUCCAUCUCGUGAAGCCUGAGAAAAGGUUAGUUGACCAUUUCACCAUUUCUGGUAUGGUUAAGUUUUGGGGAUGGCAGGGAUGAGGCUUAUAUUUUGCUGUGCUGUGUGAUUCUGAUUUAGAACAGUGUCUUGUUCUAAUGAUGUCUAAUCGGAUGUCCAUUUACACAAUGGGAGCAGUGCUUGGUUCACUUGCGAAGGCCACAUUUUACCCAGCCACAUAUUGGGUAUGGGGCCUGAUAGUGGGAUUGCUUCUAAGUGAAAAGACUAUGUAAUUUGGAUACUGACAUAUUGGGAUUUUCCAGGGCUUACCAUUGGUCUCUGGGACCAUAGAAUGGAAUAUUUGAAUUUAGAAUUACCAUAGAACUCCCAGACAAAUGAUUGCCCUAAUACUUGUUGUCUGAGAUUGUAAAAUGUGAACAUUUCAGUUGAGGGUUUUGUUUUUGUUUUUGGAGAAUAUGCCUGUGCAGUUCAUGGAGGGAAAAACAUGAUGUUAUUAACCGGGCUCCCAUAGGUGUACUUUGUACUUGAUUUUGUUUGAAGUUUGUCUAUUUCCUGCUUGAUGACCAGUGAUGUUUUUGGUGGAGGAGAAGGUGAAACUAGGAACCAAGAAAUGGGGACAGGGAAGGGGUGGUUGGAGCUGGAGAUGGGGCAUCCAAAUCCUAGCCUCAGUCGAGUCAUUAUCCUUUUGUUCUCUUCCCAUCUCUUGAGAGUAGCACCAGGUAUGUAUCAGUGCUUUGUGAUGCCUUAGCUCUUGCCUUUCAUUUUUUUUCUGCUUUCUAAGCCUUUUUACAUUGUGGUCGUUUAGUAGAUACUUCUGCCUGGAUAAACUAUGGGACUGAUAAUUUUGUGUUAGUCAUCUAGGGAAGUAUAUGUGGGUAUAGCCUUCACUUCCCAUCACUUAGAAGUACACUGAGUACCUACUAUAUGCCAGGAUCUAGAAGAAAUUUGAUUUAUAGUUAGAUAAUAGGGUGGAUAAGCUUAGGAAAACCAAGUGUGCCAGAGUCUGAGAUCUUAGGCAGUGUUUCCUUAGAUGAUAAGAUUCUCCUGGGACACUUGAUAAUAUCCAUAUUCCUACUUCUCACCUUAGGGUAAUCUUUUCAGGUAAAUCAGAAAUGGGGUCCUGAAUCUAAUAUGCAUCCUGAUUCAUUCUUACUAAACUUAUUUAGGAGACCCUGACUGAUCUAGGGAUAGAGUAAGAUCACAAGAGGGAACUGCAGGAUUUCAUGAGAUCCUUGACUGCCUUGCAACUGCAGGCAUAAUUUGUGUUUGAAAAUGAUGUGUAUUUUCAUGGGGAGAGAGACUGGAGCUUUUAUCCUAUUGUCACAAGGGCUAAAGAUAGUAAUCUCUGGUCCAUGAGCACAUGUAUUUGCCUUUUUUAUUCUCUAAUCUAUCAGCAGUGCCUACAACCAUAUCUGGCUCAUAGAAGGCACUCAACUGUUGAGUAAACACAAGAAAUAAUGUUAUUUUGUGAUCCCUCUGAGCCAGGAUCUUUAUGCCCACUCUCUAAAACUUGGUUUUCAUAAUGCAGUGAGCUAUAUGAGUUUUUCUCCCACCUAAUCAUUGAGAGAAUUUAGGUCCAGAGAAUAUAAGUAAUUUUCCUGAGUCCACACUGCUCAUUUGUGGUAGAACUGGGCUUUGUAGCUAUGUCUGCCAUAUGCCAGAGUCCUUGCGUUUUCACUGUACUGUGUUGCUUUCUGGUUUGUCCACGUUUGAUAAUUUGGUUCUGAUUUACUGGUUGUCUUUCGGAAACCUUGGUUACUUAGGAAAAACAGCAUUAUAAUAAAACAAAAAAUUGCUUAAUUGGGCUCUGCAAUGGGGAAAAUUCUUUGGGGUUUUUAGAUCAAAUUUUCAGUAAAGUGUUUAUCUUGGUAUUAGCUUUCUCCACUUUUGCAUUCUCUCUUUUUAUGGAGCUCUAGGUCUUUGGGUUUUUGUUGUUUUCUCAUGCUGCCGUCCAAAUUCACCUGUGCCUCAACACAGAAUUAGUGUAAAUUGCUAUUUUAUUUGGACAGUAAGUAUUCACUGUGCACUUGCCAUAAGCUCAACACCGUGAAUGACACUGGGAAAUACAAAAGAAUCUAUGGAUGUUGAACUUGCUGCUCUUGGAACUUACAGUACAGCCAGAGCUUCAAGACUCCUGUCAUAUCACAGCAAAAAAGGUUGGAACAUGGGCAGGGCAUGUGGGCAGGAAGGCUGUCUAGGGGCUCUGCUCUGUCUGUAUCAGAGGGGAGCUGCCAUACCCACAGCAAUGGUCCUCCCACUGCCCUGGACUCCCCUGGAGAGGUUGUAUAUGGAUUUGUUUUGUUUUGUAAAUAGAAUGAACUAACUGAAAUGGAAAGUUUGUUCACAGUCUGGAAAGAUCGAAAAAGCAAGGGGGAAGCUAAAGCAAUAUAAUAAUAGGGUGAUAAGGGAAAAUAAAUGGACAAGGUGGGCAGAUGUUAGAAAUGUUUCUUAGGUGAAAAUGAAGAUACGAAGAUACGAUUUGGGAUUGUUUAGUUCUAGGGAGCGGUAGACACAUAAUUGCUUCCAACUCUUCAGGACUCUCCACUGCCAAUAAAAUAAAGUCCAAACCUCUUAGCAUUCAGGGUCCUUCCCAGAUUGCCAGGAUCUCCUGCUCCAGGCUGAUGUCCCAUUCCUUCCCCUUAGGGCUCUUCCUAGAUCUUCAGCCAAGCCCAGCUACUGUUUCCUGGGCUCUUGGUGUAAAUUUGACUACAGAUGAUAGUAAAAUAAAAAUUCGUAAAGUAGACCGUAAUGAAACAGAUGUGCAACAGUAAACUGUGGUACAGAAGUGCUCAGUGAACCCACUUCAUUUGUUCUCCUUUGUGUUUGACCUGCAUGGUGGCCAGAGGUGCUUCUGACAAUUUUCACUUUGUAUACUUUUGUUCCUUGAUAUAGCCCAACACAUUAUGACCACCCUCACUCACGGAUUCACUAAAAAUUUGGCUCUUCACUGUGGUUUGAAUCCACGGGGCAUUGAUCACCCUGCCCAUGCUGAAGGUAUUAAACUGCAAAUUGAAGGUGAAGGUGUGGAAUCUCAAUCCAUUAAAAACAAAAAUUUCCAGAAGGUGCCUGACCAGAAAGGAACCCCCAAGCGACUGCAGGCAGAAUCUGAGACGGCUAAGUCAGCUACAGUGAAGCUGUCUAAACCGGUGGCUCUAUGGACCCAGCAGGAUGUCUGCAAGUGGUUGAAGAAACAUUGUCCGAAUCAGUAUCAGAUCUACAGUGAGUCAUUCAAACAGCAUGACAUAACUGGGCGAGCCCUGCUGAGACUUACUGACAAAAAGCUUGAGCGAAUGGGGAUUGCCCAGGAGAACCUCCGGCAGCACAUCUUACAACAGGUGCUCCAGCUGAAGGUGCGAGAAGAAGUCAGGAAUCUACAGUUACUCACACAAGGUACCCUGUUGCUUCCUGAUGGGUUGAUGGAAGGGGAGAUGGGAAGAAAGAAAACCUUACUAUUAGGACAGAUGGAAGCCAGGGAGAAUUUUUUACUAUUUCUUUGCAGAAUUUCCUUUCUAGAAAAUAGUACACAGAUUUAAAGAUUACUUCCCUUUGAAAACAUUUUUCAUAGCUCACUAGAGAGAAGGAUGCACAGAUAAGUAAUGGAUGAGCAAACAGAAUUACCUGAGCUAACUUCAAGUUCAUCACAUACAGUUGUAUGGAUUGUAUACUGCACAACCCCAAAGAAUACCAGUCACAUCAAUUGGGGUACGAUUGCACUCACUAGAGUUGUAUAGUAUGCAGCCUGCACAGCUGUACAGUCCAGCUCUAGCUAUCUUCACCUGCGCCAGUUGUGAGGGUGCUUUAGAAUUCGAGUGAUUGUAGUUAUGAUGAUCAGUGAUAUAAGUGGAGUUUUUGUUGUAUUUUUAUUUUGCUUUUCACUGGUUACUGGGAGAAAAAUAUUUUAGAUAUGUAUAACUAUAUGUGAAUGUAUUAUACACACACACUUUAGAGAUUGUAAGAACCCCAUUUAGCUUCUUGAAAGAAUAAUUUUUAAAAUAGACUACAGUGAAUCUAGGACCAGACUGUUAAGCGUAUAUAAUUCUUAACAGGAAUUAUAAAUAACUUCAAUAUGAUGAGAGCACUUAAGAGCUCAAUAACUGUUGAAGUGACAAAACUAGAAUUCUAAGAAAGCCGUAAGUUACACUAUAUGUAACUUAUAUGUCUACAUAAGAUUUGGAUACUAUCAACCUUCAUUGGCUAUAAACUUUAUUUGUUUUAUUUUAGUGUCCAUUGUACAUCAUUUUAAAUGAAAGGAUGAUAAAAUAUGUGUUUUUGAGAGCCUUGAGUAUUUGUCAUUCUGCAGAAUAUAGUAAUUGCAUGCGUACUGAUAUUGGAGAAAUCUGGGUCAGCCAAGUUUCACGUUAUUGCAUUUAGAUUAACCUAGUAAUAGUCCAUUUGCCUAGAGGAAAUAAUGUGCUCCCUGAAAGAUGACUAUUCUAGAAGGAUAAAUGUAGACUUCAAGUGAGCAUAAAAUAGUAUUGUUUGUUUUAUAUGCAUUAUUUGCAUUUUGUCCCCAGAGACUUCCAAUGGUGAAUUUACUGGUAUACUAAGUGAUUUAAAUUUGAAUGUGAAGUACUGAUAUGCUUUUAAGUUUCUUUUAAGAAGUAGAUAGAAAUAUGAAGAUUAUGAUAAGAAAGUUUAUCACAGUGCUAUUUGGAAAACGGAAAAUUUACAAGAGACGUAGAGGUCCAGCAAUAUGAAAAGAAUCAUGUACUUCUGCUUAAAUUCAUAAGAUUCAGUAUAAUGCCCAGUUAUGAAAAUUACAUCUUUAAAGAAUACACGACAACAUGGGAAAUUACUGAAGUCAUACAAGGUGGGGGAAAAGGUCAUGUGUAAAAUCGAAUGCAUAAUAUAAGCCCAAUUUUGUAAAAACCAUAUAUUCUUGUAUCUACAGAGAAAAAAGGACUGUAAGUAAAUAUGCCAACCAUUUUAAUAAGGGAUCUCUCUGGAUUGUGGGAUAAGUGGGUGAUUUAAAUUCUUAUUUUUUCUAUAUUUUCCAAAUCUUCUGCAAAUUCAUAUUACAAUUACAAUCAGAAAUACAAACAUGCAUUUUCUUAACCCUCAACCACAAGCAUAGCUGCCCAGCUUCUGUUUAGUCUCUAUGGUUUUCACAGCUCAUUUUUUUUUCCCCUGUGGUGAUGAUCUAUAGAAUGAGACCUAAUCUCACGUGUGAUGUUCUGUGUGUGCCUUUGUCUCUUUUCCUCUUCUAGUAUCAGCUUGUAGUGUGUUUGCUUUGGAGAAUCAUUUUCUACAGCGCUCAUUGCCCUAGAUGCAUAAUAUAUAAGAUUUUUCCUAAGAUAGUACUCAGGUUUAUUAAACUAAAUAUACAUAUGUGUUCUGGGAAGUUAAUGCCCAGUUCAGCCCUUUCAAUUCAGUUGCUGUCACUUUCUUUAGCUUUGAAAAGCUGCACAUUUUAAAUUCUUUCAUUCAGUACCCUUUGGAAGACCACAUUGUUCUCUACCUCUUGGAUAUUUUGUCUGUGCUGACGUUACCUUUUUUAUGGCUUGUUCUUCACAUGUUUUCUUUUUCGUUUUGGUUUUUUCGAGACAGAGACUCACUCUGUUGCCCAG